UUCCCUUUCUCUUCUCAAACCCUAAUUCUUCUUUGUUCGUACAACCAAAACCAGUUUAACCAGUGUUGAUUCCUCCUCUACUUCGACCUGUGAUGCUCUUUUCUUCUUCCCUCGCAAUUUCGAUUCCACCAUCCUCACCGAUUUUGGUUGCAAUUUCUACUCUCUUCAACCUCAACCUUCUGGAUUCCCUCACUCUCACCGGAUUGACUUCAAUGUCCUUGGAACCUCCACUACUACUACUACUACUCCACUCAUCAAAGAAUCCGCUGGAUUAUCAGACGCUCCUCUUCCUUUCCUUUCUAAUCCUUGUCUCUCUUUCAACUCCAGCGUGCAUCCGGUCGAACUUCCCCCAUUAUGUAAUUUUAUGGAGGUAGUUUUGUAAAUUGGAUUGAAACAGGGGCUAUUCAAUGUGUAUGCAUUAAAAUAUAGGUUCUGUCAUAUAUAUCACGGUCUGAAGUUGUAGCUGAACUUGCUUUCAUCUUCAGUUUCUAUCACUAUUUAAAGGACGUUUCUAGAGAAUGCAAGACCAUGUUUGAGUGAGAAAUUGGUCUCGAUGAAAUUGAGAGUUCAAUGAACAACACAUACAAUGCAAGUAAAUCUACCUACUCAAACCCAUCUUCUAUUUCUAAAGCAGAAGGGCUUUCGGUGGCUGAACCAAAAGAUUCUUCGUUGGGAAGCAAAGCUUAUAGCUUUGAUGAGUAUCUAAAGGUUACAGAAGAGCAACUGAAAGCUUACGAUCAGCUCCAAACCAAUUUUCCAGCACAAAGCCAGAGUGGAUCCCAAGUACAACGGGAAGAUGGAAGUCGUAUUCUUGGCCUCGGUGACCUUGGAGUUCAGGGAAUAGGAAUACCUAGAUUGGAGGGAGAAGAGUAUCUAUCAAUUGUUGAUGAUUUUAUGGAAGCCGUGCAUACAUGUUGGCCUAAAGCUAUUGUUCAGUUACUUUAUCAAAAACAAAGAAGAAAAGGAAGGGACCACAAGAAAUCAAUGGUGGAAUCGAUCAGGCAGGGGGUGUGGAAAAUUACAACUCAGUUUUUGUUUUCACUGUUGAGAACAUGAGAAACCUCAAGUUCAAGGAACUCAGGGAGCAGCUGAAGUCAGCUAGCAGGCAAGUUCUACUUUCUGAAUUCUGUAUUAUUUAAUCUGCGUCAUCAUUUCAAAUAUUGAUUAGUGAUACAAAUGUACUUUCUCUAUGUUGUUUGGUUAGCUUCUAGAUAGCACGAGAAAAGAUAUGAAUAAUAAAUAGCAUAUUUUUAAAACUCAAAAGAUAAAAUCAUAAUGAAUAGCAUUCCUUAGGAGAAAGGAUGAGGACACGUUGUUUCUAUAAACCUAAUUUUAGUUUUGCCAGUUUGAAAUACUUGUGUAGUUUAGUUUAGAUAUAUAUUUAAACUAGCACGUUAAAUAAUAGUUUGCCCUGUUUGUGUUUGCUAAGUUUCAACUAAUACUCUCAGUAUUUAUCUUUGUG